GUGCGAAAUGGGAUGACCUUACAUGACUGUCUCAUGAAGGCACUGAAAGUGAGAGGUCUGCAGCCAGAAUGCUGUGCAGUUUUUCGACUUCUUGCUGAACCAAAAGGAAAAAAGGUGCGUUUGGAUUGGAAUACAGAUGCUGCCUCCUUGAUUGGAGAGGAGCUGCAGGUGGACUUUCUUGACCAUGUUCCACUCACUACACACAAUUUUGCUCGGAAGACGUUCCUGAAACUUGCAUUCUGUGACAUCUGCCAGAAGUUCCUGCUCAAUGGCUUUCGGUGUCAGACGUGUGGCUAUAAAUUCCACGAGCACUGCAGCACUAAAGUUCCGACCAUGUGUGUGGACUGGAGCAAUAUCAGGCAACUCUUAUUGUUCCCAAAUUCAAAUAUCAGUGACAGUGGUGUCCCUGCACUACCUCCCUUGACAAUGAGACGGAUGCGGGAGUCUGUCUCCCGGAUACCUGUUAGUUCCCAGCACAGGUAUUCUACACCUCAUGCCUUCACAUUCAACACAUCAAAUCCUUCCUCUGAGGGCUCUCUCUCCCAAAGACAGCGAUCUACAUCCACACCAAAUGUCCAUAUGGUUAGCACUACAAUGCCUGUAGACAGCAGGAUAAUUGAGGAUGCAAUUCGAAGCCAUAGUGAAUCAGCAUCACCAUCUGCUCUGUCUGGAAGUCCUAACAAUAUGAGCCCAACUGGCUGGUCUCAGCCUAAAACCCCAGUCCCAGCCCAAAGAGAGAGAGCCCCUGGAUCCAAUACACAAGAAAAAAACAAAAUUAGGCCUCGUGGACAGAGAGAUUCCAGUUAUUACUGGGAAAUAGAAGCAAGUGAAGUCAUGCUUUCAACCAGAAUAGGGUCAGGGUCUUUUGGGACAGUUUACAAAGGCAAAUGGCAUGGGGAUGUGGCAGUGAAGAUACUAAAGGUUGUAGAUCCAACCCCAGAACAGUUCCAGGCUUUCAGAAAUGAAGUGGCUGUGCUAAGGAAGACUCGGCAUGUCAAUAUUCUGCUCUUCAUGGGCUACAUGACCAAGGACAACCUGGCCAUUGUCACCCAGUGGUGCGAGGGCAGCAGCCUGUACAAACACCUGCACGUCCAGGAGACCAAGUUCCAGAUGUUCCAGCUGAUCGACAUCGCUCGGCAGACAGCACAGGGCAUGGACUAUUUACAUGCAAAGAAUAUCAUCCACAGAGACAUGAAAUCCAAUAAUAUAUUUCUUCAUGAAGGCCUCACAGUGAAAAUAGGAGACUUUGGUCUGGCAACUGUAAAAUCCAGGUGGAGUGGAUCCCAACAGGUGGAACAGCCCACUGGCUCGAUCCUGUGGAUGGCUCCAGAAGUGAUCAGGAUGCAGGACAGUAACCCGUUCAGCUUUCAGUCAGAUGUCUACUCCUAUGGAAUAGUAUUAUAUGAACUGAUGACAGGAGAGUUGCCAUAUUCCCACAUAAACAACCGAGAUCAGAUCAUUUUCAUGGUUGGCCGAGGGUAUGCUUCUCCAGACCUCAGUAAGCUGUACAAGAACUGUCCUAAAGCAAUGAAGAGGCUUGUAGCAGAUUGUUUGAAGAAAGUUAGGGAAGAACGACCUCUGUUUCCACAAAUCCUGUCGUCCAUUGAGCUGUUGCAACACUCUCUACCCAAGAUCAACCGGAGCGCGUCGGAGCCCUCCCUGCACCGCGCGGCACACACGGAGGACAUCAACUCCUGCACACUAACCUCCACGAGACUGCCUGUGUUCUAGGCUCCUGCUCCCCUGCCCUCCUGCUCCCCACUCGUGGGAAAGAACACAAGUAACAAGUUGUGCUUUGAAUGCCUCAGUGUACAGGAUCGGUGCCAGCAGGAGUAUCUGCAUCCCAGUUUUAAAAACAAGCUGCUAAGGAUUCGUGCAGUUCUCAUCCUGCAGGGAC